UGACCCGAUAAGAGUUGUUGCAGACAAAAAAUUCAAAUGGAUAAACCCUUCCCACUGAUCCAAAACCCAAAUGGCUUCCUCACUCCACCACCACCUCCUCCUCCCCCUUCCACCCUCCCACCACCUUCCAUCCCUCCACCAUUCUCCAAACUCCGCAAAAUGGAAAUCUCCAACCCAUUCCAAACUCUCGACCUCCGCCACCGCUACUGACAACACAAACGGCGCCGUAGUUGAAACCCCAAAACGACGCGGCAGGAAGACGAAGAAAUCCGGAACUGAACCAACAACAACCAAGCCCGAAAACGGCACCAUGGAACCCCAAAACGCAGAACCUGAUUCAGAUUCGGAAUACGAAUACGACGACGGAAUCGAUUUCCCUUACGAGGACCCGCCAUUGGUGUGCUGUUUCGGCGCGCUGCAGAAGGAGUUCCUCCCGACGGUUCGCGUGCACGAGUUCCAGAUGCAUCCUGACAUAUACUCCGAGUGGAAGAUGCUCCAGUGGGACCCGCCGGAGUUCUCACGGGCCCCCGGUGGCCCCCCGUCGAACGUGGCGGUGGCUCACGUGAGGCUGGGAGGGCGGGCCGCGGUGAUGGGGAAGGUCGGGAAAGACUCGCUUGGAGAGGAGAUGGUGCUGAUGAUGAACAAGGAGAAGGUGCAGACGAGAGGGGUGAAGUUCGAUGAUGGUGUUAGGACUGCGUGUUCUUACAUGAAGGUGAAGUUUGAGGAGGGGAAGAUGAAGAUGGUAAUGGCUAAGGAUUGUGCUGAGGAUUCUUUGCGUGGUGAUGAGUUGAAUCUUGCUGUUUUGAAAGAGGCUAGGAUCUUCCAUUUCAAUUCAGAAGUUCUUACAUGCCCCUCAAUGGCAUCAACUCUUUUCAAAGCAAUUAAGUGGUCUAAAAAGUUUGGCAGCCUUGUAUUUUUCGAUUUGAACCUGCCAUUACCUCUUUGGAGAUCACGCGAUGAGACGAGAGAAAUAAUAAAAAGAGCAUGGAACGAAGCUGACAUCAUUGAAAUUUCAAGAACGGAGCUAGAAUUCCUUCUAGAUGAAGAAUAUUACGAGAGGAAGAGAAACUAUCAGCCCCAAUACUAUUCGGAGAGUUAUGAACAAACCAAGAAUCGACGGGAUUAUUACCAUUACACCGCUGAGGAAAUCUCACCUUUGUGGCAUGAUCACCUUAAGUUCCUGUUUGUUACUGAUGGUACUAUUAGGGUUCACUAUUAUACCCCAUCUUUUGAUGGGAUGGUGAUUGGAACCGAAGAUGUGCUCAUAACCCCAUUUACUUGUGAUAGAACUGGCUCCGGCGAUGCCGUUGUUGCUGCUAUUUUAAGAAAACUAACCACCUGCCCAGAAAUGUUUGAAAAUCAAGAUGUUUUGGAGAGACAACUACGCUUUGCUAUUGCAGCGGGAAUCAUAGCGCAAUGGACUAUUGGCGCUGUUAGAGGUUUCCCUACUGAAAGUGCCACCCAGAAUCUCAAAGAACAAGUUUAUGUGCCUUCAUUGUGGUGAUAAAAAUGGUUAGUGUAAUUUUGUUUAUCAAAAGAGAAAAAAAGGAUGAAAAAGGUUUGUGCAACUCCCACUAGAGCUUAGUCCAGUCCUGUUGUUUGAUAGUGUUAUUGUUUGAUUAUUUAUCAAAAGUUCCCAAGAAUUUUUCAUCUCAAAUGGGAGGAGUCAUCAGAACAUAUAGUGUGAGAUUGCACAAUCUAAAAAUCUGUUGACGAUUGUCUUGGCUCCAA